GCACUAUACCACAACCCCACAACCCCCCCCCCCCCCCGGGUUCUUCCCUACCUGUGUGGGUCGUUGAAGUAGAAUUUAUUGUUUGGUUGGAGUCCGGAUGAGAAAGUACAGAGGAAAGGGAGAGAAAGAAGGCGUUUCCUGAUCCGUUUCUCUCUCUAUAUUUGUUGUAAUGGUUGAAUUUCUCAGGUUUUUUCUCUGAAUAUACAGACACCCAGAUGCAUAUCCAUACAGAUAUGGAUUUACCCAGAUUUCUUUUGGACCUGAGAACCUAUGGAGGUUUGAUCACCUUGUACCUUAUUUGACACUAGAUAUCUGGCAGUCAUAUCCACAUGAUUUGUGGAAUCUAAUUUACUGGGAGUCAUUGGAUGAAACAGAAAACCCUAUUCUUCUGUUUUGCAUUUCUACAUAUUGGUUAAAAACUAAAUGUCGUUCCGCAGCAUAGUUCGUGAUGUGAGAGAUGGUUUUGGGAGCUUAUCCAUGAGGGGUUUUGACAUCAGGCUGCAUCGCAGGGGAAAGUCGCACGGUUCGCUUCAAGAAUUGCAUGACCAACCUCUGGUAAUUCAAAGCAGUCGCUGGGCUAACCUCCCUCUGGAGCUUCUUUGCGAUGUAAUUAAAAGAUUGGAAGAGAGUGAGAGUACUUGGCCUGCUAGAAAACAUGUUGUUGCUUGUGCCGCUGUUUGCAGUUCAUGGAGGAGUAUGUGCAAAGAAAUUGUUAAAAGUCCAGAGUUUUGUGGGAAGCUUACUUUUCCAGUUUCGCUGAAGCAGCCAGGGCCUCGUGAUGGAACUAUUCAGUGUUUCAUCAAAAGGGACAAGUCUAAUUUGAUGUACCACCUUUCCCUAUGUCUUAGCCCUGCUUCGCUAGUGGAAAAUGGUAAAUUCCUUCUUUCUGCAAAGAGAACUCGACGAACUACGUGCACAGAGUACAUUAUAUCAAUGGAUGCAGAUAACAUUUCAAGAUCUAGCAGCACAUAUAUUGGAAAGCUGAGGUCAAAUUUCCUCGGCACAAAAUUCAUCAUAUACGAUACGCAACCCCCAUGCACUGGUGCUCACAUUCCCCAACCAGGACGAACAAGCCGUAGAUUCUACUCUAAAAGAGUAUCUCCAAAAGUCCCAACCGGGAGCUAUAAUAUAUCCCAAAUCUCAUACGAGCUCAAUGUUCUAGGGACGCGGGGUCCACGAAGGAUGCACUGCGUCAUGCACUCGAUCCCCGCCGCAUCCCUUGAUGCAGGCGGCACGGUACCCUCCCAACCCAACGACCUUCUUCGCCGCUCCCUCCUCGACGACUCUUUUAGGAGCAUUUCAUUCUCGAAAACUGAAUUCGCCAGCUCUCGGUUUUCCGAAAUCAACGCUGACGUGGACGGAAAGGGGAAACCCUUGGUACUUAAGAACAAGUCGCCAAGGUGGCACGAACAGUUGCAGUGUUGGUGUUUGAAUUUUCGAGGGAGGGUGACCGUUGCAUCCGUCAAGAACUUCCAGUUGAUUGCUGCCACACAGCUGCCAGCUUCAAAUGGUGCACCUUCGGGUUCUCAGCCGAAUCAACCGGAACAUGACAAAGUGAUCCUGCAGUUUGGAAAGAUUGGGAAAGACAUGUUUACGAUGGAUUACCGGUAUCCUUUAUCUGCAUUUCAGGCUUUUGCCAUCUGCUUGAGCAGCUUUGAUACCAAGCUGGCUUGUGAAUAGAACAUAACAAAAGAAUAGAAAUAAACAGUAGUAGCUUAUAGAAAGGCACAUAUGAAGAGAGCAGUGGUAGUGCCUUGUCUCAGAAAUUGUAUUUUCUUUUUCUUUUUUUGUGGGUAUGUUCAUCUCCUUUUCAUGUCAUUUGGAAUAGGAGAUUAUUAACUAUUGUCGUUCUGAUGAUGUGAAACUCAAUAUAAUCUUCUCCUUAUUGUGCC